AAGUUUCCACUAAUAGAAGCUGUUAGCUGCACGGUGAUGUGUGCUCUCCUGAUGAUGGCAUAUAGCACAGUUAUGGCUGCUGGCAGCAGGACAUAAAACUACAGCUAUUUUAAUUCAGGGAGAAGGAUAAAUGCAGUCACGAUGUGUCAAGAAAAGCAGUAGUUUCGGGGGUUUUUAAUUCCUAGCUGUGAUACCCUGGCCAGGAGUGCCCCAGGAGAGAAUUAAAGAGGAAAGCAGCAUUCUAGAAUCAUAGAAUCAAGGUUGGAAAAGACUUCUAUGAUCAUCAAGGCUUGACAGAUAUCCACAGACAAGCUGGAAAUUACGAUGUGAAAGCUGUCAUCCUGCCACAGCCGUGACCUGUCACUGCAUGCAGGACUCCCCCUUUUUCCACCUGCUGCCCCCAUUUUCCAAGCAUCCUUUCCUGCAUGGGCAGGUGCCUCUUCCAGAGCUGCAUGGCUUUUAAACGAGUGGGUUGGAGGAGGCAGAGGGACUGGAAGAAGCAGUGAUGUUCUCCCCCCUUGGAAGGACAGGGUCUUGGGAAAAUAUGUGCAGAUCUGUUACGUUGCAAAGGAAAGGAAACGCUCUCCAGGAGCACUUCCAUGAGCUAGCAAUAACAUCCUCUCCCUCAAAACCAGCAAGGUGCAGAAAAGCUGUUUCUGAUCUAGCCUGAGUGCGUGCAAGAGAGGAACAAGAUGCCUCACACCAGAGAUGACUCUCCUCUGCCUGGCAGUGCAGGGAGCCAAGCUUCCUAUGAAACCCCAGCACUCUCGGACCUCCAACAGCUGUGUUGGUUCAAAGGAGGGUCUGAUAAUCACCUGGACCAAGUCUGGCCAAAUAUUUACCUGGGAGAUGCGUGGGCUGCUAGGAGCAAAACUACUCUUCAAAGCCUCAACAUUACUCAUAUCCUUAAUGCAGCAGAUGGGCCGUAUAGCAUCAACACAGGAGCCAAAUACUACCAAGAUCUGCAAAUAGAGUACUACGGAGUAGAAGCCUUUGACAGUCCUUCCUUUGAUUUAAGUAUCUUCUUCUACGAUGCUGCCAAUUUCAUAGGCAAAGCCUUAAACACUUCAGGAGGUAAGGUGUUCGUGCACUGUGCCAUGGGCAUAAGCCGCUCUGCGACGUUAGUGCUUGCCUUUUUAAUGAUCCAUGAAAACAUGACACUUGUGGAUGCCCUGAAAGCAGUGGGUGCUCACAGAGACAUCUGCCCAAACUCAGGUUUCCUCAGUCAGCUUCGGGACUUGGACAUUAAAUUAAAUGAAGACAGGAAAGGAACCAGAGAAUCUGCUAUGAAAGAGUGAUAAGAGAUUAUUACUGAAAGAAAGAACAAAAUGUUAUCAGAGUUUCCGGUAACUCUUUUAAAUAAAUUGUAUUUGUAAACUAAGGGCGCAAAUUUAUGAUACACAAGAAUGCCUGUUGUUACCAAAAGUAGAUUUUACUUGAUCUCUCCAUUGGGCAAAGCCUCCUAGAUUAUCCUUGUGAUGGUUGUGUAUUGUAUCCUUCACUCUCCACCUUAAAACAUUGCUCUCUGCUGGUAUAAAAAAAAAAAGAGAGAUAUUAGGUUCCACUUCAGAAAUAGCUGUGUUUCAGCAACUAGUGAAGCUCAUAUCACUUUAUGAAGUGUUAGGCUAUUGGAGGUGAAAGAUGCCGUAUUAUUUAUGCUACAGUACUGCUUAGAAGUUUUCUUAUGAAUCAGCCUCCCAACCCCUUUGUGCCCUGUAUCUGAAAUGGUUUGUAUUUGGAGAACUGGGUGUCGCACUGGUUAGUUGUUGCUUUUACAACUGAUGGAGCCCCUGAGCCGGGGGUAAGAGGCUGCUCAAAGGCAGAGCAGCUGGCAAACAACACAAGCCACUCUUUACAAAAUGAUUCCAGGUCUAUUUAUAGUGGUUUCCCUUUAACUGUUCACCAGACUAAACUUUUUUAGUCCAUGAAAAUACCUUUGUUUGAGAGGGUGAUCAAAAACUGUUCACCUUCUGCAAUAAAAUCCACCUAGAAAAUGCUGUGGAAAAUGCUUCCAAAGAGGAAGGUUGGUUCUCAGCCGAGGCUCCAAGCAGCUGCAUGGGCAGUGGGAACGGGGCUGGAAAGCAUUUAACAAAGUUCAAAGGAUCCCAAAUGUGCCUGACAGUUCAACAUUAUAAAAUGUGGGAUUUUCUUUCUCAAAAAUGAAGGUCAUUACCAUUGCGACAUUGUGUUCUGUGACAUUUGCUUUUGUGAGGGGACCCAAGCGAAAACUGAAGGGAUGCAGGAAUGGCAAGAGAGGUGCUGACAGGCAUCAGGCUUUCAUCUUUGGUCUCUGGGCCACCAUAAGAGCACUCAAUAGCUACUGUCAUCUGAUGGAUCAGUGCUGCCUGGAAACUAUGGGAAGCACAUCUGGCUCUUUGUCCCAGUGGACAAACAUUAGCAGCACAAAGCCAGCGUGGGGAUGGCAGUUGUUUGCAUUCCAAGUACCAAACUCGGGAAUGCAGAGGAUGAAUACUCCCCACCAUGUAAGCUGGCUGUUCAAGAGCAGUGCAGCAACAAGGGAAAAAAUUCCUUGCCAUUCUCAGUGCUGCCUGCAAGGCAGAUUUCUGCCUUCGGGACAGACAGCUCAGCACCUUUUAUAACGCUCUUUGGCAAUAUCUACAUUUGCUGUGUGGGCCACGCUACAGAAGCAAGAGCACAAAGCAGAGCACUGCAGGAGAACUCCAGCCCCGCAGGGAUGCACGCACCCCACUGCCACGAUAAACCUCAGCACAGGUGGGCUGGGGGGGAACCCAGCCACCCCUCUAUCGCACACACCUGGGGUCAACCUUAACAGCUCCUCCAGCAAGUGCGGGUGGCAGAAACCUGGCUAAUGUCAACCACCCCACUGCCAUUGCCAUCCCCGGUACAAUCCCAAUAUCCCACGAGCGUUGAGCUGGCAUGCCCAGAGCCAGCCAGCGCGGCCGGCCUUUCACAUCAGCUUACACCACCUGACGGUCAAUUGAUCGGCCUCUCUCAAAGCUCAGUCUCUCGCUGCUGCCACCCUCCAGUUGCCUUGCUCAGGCCGAUGCUCGCAGGUCCAAAGAGGGUAGGGAAUUAUGGUUUAUAAUUAACACAAAUAAAAAUAGACCUCGAAUAAGUUGAACACAGAAAGAGGCUACAAAUCUGUAGUGUAACUGGCACGUUAGGAGGAAACUAAGUGGUAUUACUCAAACAAAGGUAAUCCAAGACACCACGGCGCGGGAGCUCCAACUACCAGGCAAGUACUUUUAAGCUUGUUUACAAACCAAUCCCCAGUGCACACCAUACACGCACCGAGCAGCGGGAGCUCAACCAGAGCCAGCUCCGCAGGCAGCAAGACAACUGUGGGGCCAGGCCAGAUUGUCGGUGUACUCGGAAACUCGGAUAUUGGUGAAAUUGUUAUUUGCUUUCCAGCCAGAUUCCCAGGCUGAGGAUCUCUCACCGAGAUUCUUGAAUUCAAGGGGUUUGGGUUUUUAAAUACCGAUCUGGCUU